UGUAGUACGCUCAGUAACAUAGAGCGUUCGUAAGGAGAAGUUCCGAUAUUGAGUGUUUGUGUUGGGUCUGUUUUUGGUAGCCAUGGUGCACUCGCUAAGUAGUUUUAUAUUUCCUAUUUGCAUCCUGUUGCUGGGUUUGACUAUAGCAACAGCGCGAGAACUACCCCAAACUGAGGUGGAUGAUGUCGCAGAGCUGAGCUUACCUGAAGGAGUCGGCGCGAUGUCUAUAAAGCUCCCGAUCGACGUCAAAUGUGAGAAUCAUUCAUGCGUGCUUAGUGUGACUUUCAUGGGUAUCGUCUUCGAAGCUAAUUUAACAUUCGAUCUUGCGGAACAGAUAUUUAAUCUGAAAUUUAAAGUUAACGGAAAGACGCUCUUGGAGUUGAAGAUAGACAAAAAAGUGGAUGACUGUAUAGAUAUUCCGAUGCCAGGAUUAUUACAUGCAUGUUUGGUAAUUCACGAUGUUCGGACAGAACUGUCUGAUUUUAACAUUUGUGUGGACUUACAUCUGUACAGGACUUUUGAUUAUGUGGUGAUAUAUUUUCCGUGCAUCGGCAAUCAUGUUUUCAUGGACGGUGACGCAUUGGCGACACGUAUCGUAUCAGACGCAAACAUAUUGGAAGCUACUUCCGAUAAAUGAAAAACGUUUGCUUUUCGUUCUACCACUGGAACUUUUCAUCGCAAAAGAAAGCAAUAAAUACAGUGGGUGGGCAAAUUAUUAGAGCCACCUUUGAAAAAUACAUAAUUUCAGUUUAUACGGAAGGAAAGGCAAUAAACAUGUUAUCAAUUUUACAAAU